AUGGCGGAGACCCGAAGUAAGAAGAAGCUUGCGGAGGCUCAGGACAGUCGCGGUAAUACCAAGAGGGCCCAGAAGGGCGACUGCCACAUCCUCGCCGACAAACUUGCCUCCACGCGGAAGAGGAUGCUAGUCUAUGGAGGUGUGACAGGAACUUGGCGAUGGCUGCGCAAUGUUUUGGAGAACAAAAUAUCACCCAUUUCGAUGCGGUUCAAUGUACUCACUAUGAUUCGGACCAUAUUGCAGGUGAGUUUCUUACUAUCGCAUCGCCCUCAUGGAAUUUCACCCGCUCACUCCGCGGGACUCAUCGACAUGUCUAAUGAUACACCGCCGACUAUAGACAACUUUCUGUUCAAUGACCCCAGUGGCAGGAUCGCUACUUUCCUGCCCGGUCUCAAUUUCCCUGCACCACCGGUGCAUACUCUAGGCCGUCUCAAAAUAUCACCAACCACAACAGCACCAGAAGCGUCAAGUGAGCUAGUUGAAGGGUUUGGCCCCUUACCCCCUGCUGUGCGGUGGAUCCCAGACAGCAAAAGGCAAGGCCAGAUUGUCUGGUCGCAGCUUUGGAAUUCCAAGAAUUUCAAUCAACAACCUCCAAUGGAGCCACUGGCCCCUUGGGGAAAUCCGGGGGCCAUCGCAUACCCGAAUGUCGAUGAGUUCCCCCUCUUCCCUACAUUGAAUACGACUUUCUAUGGACCUUCGAUGCAAAUCAUCGAGAAUAUGCGUAGUCGUGGUUCCCGAGGCAUCCAGGUAGAUCGUGCCUCAAUAAUAACCGUUUUCAGCACCAAGGAUAAAACAGACGGCUUCUCGGCUCUUUUUACAGGGGAUGCCCACGAUACGGAAAUUAACCGCGAUAUCAGAGGGAAUCGACCAUUCCUCAGCAUUUUCCCGUCAUGA